UCAUUUGAAAUGUUUUCAGGACAAAUGUCGUUCACAACAGAGGAAAAAGAAAAUGACAAAACAAACUAUGCAUGAAUUUAUCAAACAUUUGUACAAUUUAAUAAAUUGUUUCGCAUUUUUUCAAUCAAUCCCACCGCGAACGAUGUGGUGAAUUGAAGAAUAUUCGAACUUCCAUCGAAUCUGUCGAGAAAUUGCGAGCGCUCAUGUCUGGUACAUUACAGAAGUGAAUCGUUCAGUCUAGAAGUUUCGAGAACCCAAUUUUGACGUUAUAUAUAAGCAGUGCGGCUGCCUCACGUAGACAUUCAUACGAAAGCAUUUGAAGUAGCAAAGUGAACUUUUCGACGGAAAAGUAAAGAAGAAAAAAAAAACUCAAUUUGAUUUUAAUUUUGAAGUCAUAAUACGUGAACAUCUAUUUUAUUUUGUGAAUUUUUCUAUUUAUUUACAAUCAGAACCAAAUUUUUGUGACACAUCUAACAAAAAAGCAAAAUGGGAAAAGACUUUUAUAAAAUUCUCGGAAUUCAGAAAGGGGCUAAUGAUGAUGAGAUCAAAAAAGCCUAUCGAAAACUCGCACUCAAAUACCAUCCCGAUAAAAAUAAAACGGCUGGCGCCGAAGAAAGAUUCAAAGAAAUUGCUGAAGCCUACGAAGUGCUAUCCGACAAAAAGAAACGCGAUAUCUACGAUCAGUACGGCGAAGAGGGAUUGCAUGGUGGAGCACCUGGUGGUGGUCCAACCGGCGAAGGUGGACAGCAAUUUACAUACGAAUUCCACGGAGAUCCAAGAGCUACAUUUGCACAGUUCUUCGGUAGUUCGAAUCCAUUUGACAUCUUCUUCUCAACCAGCGGCGAUCCCAACAGAAUGUUCGAAUCGAAUAUGUUUGGUGGUAUGGAUGAUGAUAGCGGUGAUGCAUAUUCGCAUAUUAAUGGCAUGUUUGGUGGACCAGGCGGAAGAGGAGGCCCAGGCGGUGCAUUCCGUUCACAAUCAUUCAACGUGCACAAUCAAUCGCCAAAUCGAAAACGAGGACAACAAGAUCCACCAAUUGAACAUGAUUUGUACGUAAGCCUAGAAGACAUCGACAAAGGUUGCACGAAAAAAAUGAAAAUAUCCCGAAUGGUGAUGCAACAAGAUGGUACAGCGCGCAAAGAGGAAAAAGUGCUGAAUAUCACAGUGAAACCAGGAUGGAAGGCUGGAACAAAGAUCACAUUCCAACGUGAAGGUGAUGUGAUGCCAGGCAAAAUUCCAGCCGACAUUGUGUUCAUCAUUCGCGAUAAGCCACAUGCAACAUUCAAACGAGAAUCAAGUGAUAUUCGAUACACAGCCAAAAUCACACUAAGACAAGCAUUGUGUGGUGUUACGGUUCGUGUACCAACGCUGAGCGGCGAAGCAAUCACAUUAAAUACAACAAACGAGGUCAUCAAACCGAAUACAGUUAAACGAAUCCAGGGUAAAGGUCUACCAUUCCCAAAAGAGCCAUCACGACGAGGUGAUCUAUUGGUUGCGUUCGAAAUUCAGUUCCCCGACCGAUUAACGCAAGCAACGAAAGAUAUACUUGCAGACCUAUUUCCCAAUUAAAUAACGGGUAUUACCUAGCUUGAAACUAAGCGAAACGGUUUCGACUGAUGACAAAUCACACAUUGGAAGCAUUUUUGAAAUGCUUUUGGAGGAAAUCAUUUAUUGCAGUUUUCACACAAUAUUCCAAUAAUUUUUUUGUCUGAGGAUUUUCGCGUGCGCAUCUAUCUCAUUAAUUCUUUUUCUUUUGUCAUUUUUUAAUCCGUUGAACAUAUUAUUAAUAUAUAUAUAUAUACAGUAUACACCUAAUAUAGAAUAUUGUAAAGAUAAAAUAUUGCAUUAAACAAUUGGCAAUCAAUGCGAAUAAUUUCGAGGCUAAAAAUUAAAUUUGUUUUUCAUUUGGUUCGAUUUCGGAUGCACGUUGCAAAGUACUCCAACAAGUAGUGUGGUGUCACCAACAUCAGUCACUGAAUCAAUUUAUCUCUAUAUUAAAUUUUGUAUGAGCUGAUUUGUCGAAAUACAUUGAAAUCUAAAUUUAUGCGACCGCCUCGAAAUUUUGACCAUUUCCAAUUGCCGAACGCAUCGAUUGUCAUGUAAAUAGCGACUGUUAACCACUCAAAUCUAGCAGAGAAUCAUACAUAGUUCAGAUGUAUCAUGUAACUCAUCUCAUACUAGCGUCGUGAAUUCUAUUCUAGCAUUACAAUUCUUUGCCGAUUUGUUAACGCUCGUAAUGAUGAGGAAUUUGUGUGAAAAUGAAUAGAAUACAGACUAUAACGACAUUGUAUUUAGUGAUAAGUGUGAUUGAGGAGAAAUAAGUUUUCAAUAAACAACGUACGUUUUAGUACAAGUAAAAUAAUGAAGAAAAAAAAAAA